UUUAGCUUGCGUCGGCACACGGUCACACUGGCUGACUUGCGAGAAAAUUAUUUAUAUUUCUCUUCCUCGCAUGCAAAAAUUGAACAAAACAAACACGGAUUAAAGUGCUAUUGGUAAAAUACGGUAGAAAACGAAAACGGAACGGCGAGUGCGCGCAGACGGCAAAACGCGCGAAGGCCGCCUCCCCCGCAAACCCCGCUCUUGAUAAAAGUUGAUGCUGCAGCACCAGUGCAGCAGCGGCCAUCAACAAAAAAGAAAACCGAAAACGCGAGCGAAACGAAACACAUUUUCGCACCCCAGCGUCCGGGUCCGUGCAGCGCGCAGCAUAUAAAGAUUUAAACACAACAAUUAUCAAUUGCAGCGUGCAAUUAAAGGCAAAAACGCAGUGAAUUGCUGCCGCGGCGGUGCGAAGAGGACAUAAAAUUGCUGGCAAGAAGAAGAGGUCGCGAGUGUGUGCGAGUGCGAAAGAGCGUUAGCAAGCGGAGCCCAAUCUCCGAGGAUAAAUCGGCCGAUCGGAGUGCGAAAUAGUUAUAAACAAAAUCCCUGGUUCCCCCCUCCCGCCCGCUUCCCCACUGUUUGUUGCAAGCCAGCGGCGGCAGGUGCUUGGCGCUUUUAAAGCGAGACAACACGACGCUGCAGCAGAACCAGCAGCGCUGAGUUGCCUGCGUAGAGUUGCCAACCCAAAAAAAGAACCGGGGUUGCCGUUCAUUGCGCCGAAAGUGUUUACUACCUGCGGCGGCGGCGGCCGCUCAAGAAACUCGAAUUUUUGUCCCGAUCCUGGCCAAGAGAUGAUUUGGCUUUUAACCCCCUGGCGGACGCAGGCCGCGCCAAGUGGAUAACCGGCAAAUAGUCCCAGAUACCGACAAGUUACGCUCGGAUUUGCUUCCUGAGGAGAAGCCCGACGAGGAGGAGCCGCAUUAAGUGACGUCUGCUACAGCUCUCUCCAAACCCACUCCACCCCCCAUUCACCAGCGUCGAGAUCUCCAGCGCGGGAUUGGCGACGCCGCUCAGAACCGAAUUUCUUGCCACCCCGUAGUUGAAGAAAAGCUGCCACCAUUCGGAAGAAAAAUACCUCGAAUAUGACCCAUAAUCUCGGUAUGGCGCCAUAUCGUUUGCCGGGUCCAGCGGGAGGACUAUGUCCGCCCGACUUCAAGCCGCCGCCACCGUCGGACAUCAUCUCGGCGCCGAGCAAUCCGAAGAAGCGGCGGAAAACAUCCAGUGCCGCCAAUUCGGCAGCAGCGGCAGCGGCUGCGGCGGCCGCUGCAGCAGCUGCUGCCAACUCCAUGCAGCAGCAGCAGGCGCCGCCGACGCCGCAGGACCUGCUUCCGCCGCCACCAAUGGGCGGCUUUGGCGACACCAUUAUUGCCUCGAAUCCGUUCGACGACAGCCCCCAGGUCUCGGCGAUGUCCAGCUCAGCGGCCGCCGCGAUGGCGGCGAUGAACCAGAUGGGCGGCGGUCCGGGUGGCGGGCCGGGAGGCCACUUUGGUGGCCAUCAGCACUGGGAGGAUCGCAUGGGAAUGGGCGGCGGACCGCCUCCACCACAGCACAUGCACCCGCAUAUGCAUCCGCAUCAUCCUGGCGGACCAAUGGGUCAUCCGCAUGGACCGCAUCCUCACAUGGGCGGCCCGCCGCCGAUGAGAGGCAUGAGUCCCAUGCAUCCGCAUCAAAUGGGACCCGGACCUGGUGUGGGCCUGCCGCCGCACAUGAACCACGGAAGACCAGGCGGUCCAGGAGGACCCGGUGGCCCUGUGUCAAUGGGCAGUCCCAUGGGCGGCAUGGCUGGCAUGGGUGGCAUGAGCCCCAUGGGCGGAAUGGGUGGCCCCAGCAUAUCACCCCAUCACAUGGGUAUGGGCGGCCUGUCGCCUAUGGGCGGUGGCCCCAACGGCCCAAAUCCGCGGACCAUGCAGGGCUCCCCAAUGGGUGGUGGCCCAGGACAAAAUUCGCCGAUGAACUCACUUCCUAUGGGCUCGCCCAUGGGUAAUCCGAUUGGCAGCCCGCUGGGACCACCAUCGGGCCCGGGACCCGGAGGUCCUGGUCCUGGUGGAAAUCCAGGUGUUCAGCAGCAACAACAACAACCUCCGCAGCCACCGAUGAACAAUGGACAGAUGGGUCCGCCCCCAUUACACAGUCCGCUGGGCAAUGGACCCACAGGGCAUGGCGGACACAUGCCCGGCGGACCUGGACCGGGUCCUGGACCUGGGCCCGGCGGCCUUGUGGGACCUGGUGGCAUCUCUCCCGCGCACAGCAACAACCCGGGCGGUCCAGGGAACAACAUGCUCGGCGGCAACGGAAAUCCUGGAGGUGGCGUCGGUGGCAACAACAACAACAACGGAAGCAAUACAAACAACGGCAGCAUUAACAAUCAAAAUCCUCACCUCUCGCCGGCAGCCGGUCGGCUGGGCGGCGUUCCCACGUCGCUGCAGUCGAACGGACCCUCUGCCACCUCGGUGGCCACCUCUGUGCCCUCGCCAGCCCCGGGAGCCACGCCCUCGCUCACGCCCACAUCGACGGCGACAUCGUCGAUGUCGUCCACGUCAGUGCCUACAUCCUCGCCAGCGCCGCCCGCCAUGUCACCGCACCACUCGCUAAAUAGCGCCGGACCGAGUCCGGGAAUGCCCAAUGCCGGACCCAGUCCGUUGCAGUCGCCCGCCGGUCCCAAUGGUCCCGGUUCCGGUCCCAACAACAACAAUAGCAAUAACAACAACAAUGGGCCCAUGAUGGGUCAGCAGAUGAACCCGAACGCAGUUCCUAUGCAGCAGCAGCACAUGGGCGGACCACCAGGCCAUGGACCCGGUCCUGGUCACGGUCACGGUGUCCCCGGCCCCGGCAUGGGCAUGAAUCAGAUGCUGCCGCCGCAGCAGCCUUCCCAUCUCGGUCCCCCGCACCCGCAGCUGAUGAACCACCCGCACCAACACCCGCAUCCGCAUCCCCACCACCAUCCCGGCGGCCCGCCACCGCCGCACAUGAUGGGAGGCCCUGGUGGGAUGCACGGCGGUCCCGGAGGCAUGCCGCCUCACAUGAGCGGCGGCCCAAAUCCGCAUAUGAUGGGAGGACCGCACGGAAAUGCCGGCCCGCAUAUGGGACACGGUCACAUGGGCGGCGUGCCGGGACCAGGACCCGGGCCCGGUGGCAUGAACGGACCCCCACACCCUCACAUGCAGCCCCACCACGGACAUCCGCACCAGCAUCCACAUCACCACAAUCCGAUGGGUGGCCCUGGGCCGAAUAUGUUUGGCGGCGGCGGAGGACCCAUGGGACCUGGCGGUCCAAUGGGCAACAUGGGACCGAUGGGCGGCGGCGGACCGAUGGGCGUCGGUGGUCCAAUGGGCGUAGGCCCCAAACCGAUGACAAUGGGCGGCGGAAAGAUGUAUCCGCCUGGCCAGCCGAUGGUUUUCAAUCCGCAGAAUCCAAACGCGCCUCCCAUCUAUCCGUGUGGCAUGUGCCACAAGGAGGUGAACGACAACGACGAAGCCGUGUUCUGUGAAUCCGGUUGUAACUUCUUCUUUCAUAGAACCUGCGUGGGCCUCACCGAGGCCGCCUUCCAAAUGCUCAACAAGGAGGUGUUUGCCGAGUGGUGCUGCGACAAGUGUGUGUCUUCCAAGCAUAUACCCAUGGUCAAGUUCAAGUGUUGAAGCGGCUGGAAAGCGGCGUAACUCAUGCUAUAUCAAUAAGCCCCAAGCACACCAGCUAGCACUCACUCACUGUAUAAAAAUUAUCCAAGCAUUAACUCGUAUCUUAAUUGGUAAGACUCUUCAGCUGCUCAAUAGUCAUGAUCCCCUCCUGCCCCUAAAAGAUCAAGAUCAAGAUCUGAUCCCUGUAACCUGUAAGUGCCGGAGCAGUGUUGUGACUUUCAGCUCCGGGCUCCAAGGCUCACUCGCGACAUCCUCCUGAAACUGAAACAGAAAUGGAAACAGAAACAAACAAAAAUAAGAAAAAGUAAACUUUAACGAAAAAAGUAUAAACGAAAUAUGUUAAUUGUAAUAUAAUUGUAAUAUGUGUGUAUGUGUCUGCAUGUUUGGUAUCACAGAAAACCGAGUAAUGACAGAAGGCUAAGCAACAAUAUCUAGUUUGUAUAAUAAAGAGAAAUUCAAUGAAAUUACGGAGAGCGAA